UGUCAUUCAAACUUGGUAAUUAUUAGUUUCGUGUAUCUAUCUAUCUAUCUGUUCACACACUCUCACUAACUCUGUGGGUGGGAGUGUUUGUUUGGGUCAUCCCACACAUAACAGAGUGAGGAGUGCGAAGUGUGAAGUGCAAGUUGGUAGAACUAAUCCAUUGGGAUGGGAUCAAAAGCAGAGGGAGGAGAAUACACGAUGAUGGAGGCAGCGGAAAAAGAGAAGCAGUGUUGGGGAAUAAGGAGAGAAGUGAAAGCGCUGAUGGAGCUAGCGUUUCCCAUAGCGUUCACGGCACUUAUAUUCUACGCGCGUUCCAUGGUAUCGAUGCUGUUCCUGGGACACCUAGGAGACCUGGAACUGGCGGCGGGGUCCUUAGGAAUGGCCUUUGCCAACAUCACAGGUUAUUCGGUGCUGUCGGGUCUGGCACUUGGGAUGGAACCACUAUGCUCCCAAGCCUUCGGCGCAAAACGCAUGAACGUCUUGUCAUUGACCCUCCACCGCUGUGUAAUGUUUCUGCUACUCUGCUCCAUCCCAAUAUCUUUCCUCUGGCUCAACAUCUCAAACAUCCUUCUACCAUUGCACCAGGACCCUAACAUCACCCGCAUGGCACACACCUACCUCAUCUUUUCCCUCCCCGACCUCCACACCCACUCCUUACUCCAUCCAAUCAGCAUUUACCUUAGCGCACAAGGCGUCACCCACCCGGUCACCUUAGCGUCCCUGGCUGGAACCCUCCUCCACUUCCCCUUCAACUACCUUCUCGUCACGCGACUCCGCCUUGGCCUCGCCGGCGUCGCGGCAGCUUCCGCUGCCUCCAGCCUCUCCAUCCUCCUCUUCCUCGCCACGCACGUGUGCCUCACAGGCAUCCACUGCGCCGCGCCGACCCGGGACUGUCUCUCCGGGUGGAAGCCGCUGCUCCGGCUCGCCGCGCCGAGCUGCGUCUCCGUUUGCCUGGAGUGGUGGUGGUACGAGAUCAUGAUAGUUUUGUGUGGGCUUUUGGUUAACCCCACUUCAACCGUUGCUUCCAUGGGUAUACUCAUUCAAACAACUUCCUUUAUUUACGUUUUCCCCUCUUCGUUGAGUUUUGCGGUUUCCACUCGCAUUGGAAACGAACUGGGCGCAAAUCAGCCUUAUCGGGCGAAGCUUUCCACCGUAGUAUCUGUUUUUCUGGCCGUGAUUAUAGGUUUCUCGGCCAUGCUUUUUGCCAUUGGAACGAGACGGUCUUGGGGAAGAAUGUUCACCAAUGACGAAAACAUUAUAAGGAUCACAUCCAUGGCACUUCCGAUCCUCGGAAUUUGUGAACUCGGAAACUGUCCACAAACGGUGGGUUGUGGCGUGGUAAGAGGGACGGCGCGACCCAACACCGCGGCAAACAUCAACCUGAGCGCAUUCUAUUUGGUCGGAAUGCCUGUGGCGGUUGGGCUUGGGUUCUGGUUAGACGUUGGGUUCUGUGGGCUGUGGCUGGGCCUGUUAUCGGCCCAGGUGUGUUGCGCGGGACUUAUGUUGUAUGUGAUAGGGACCACGGAUUGGGAUGUGGAAGCCCAUCGGGCACAGUUGCUGAUGUGGCACGAUGAUGGAACGAUGGAUGAGCAGAAGCAAACGUUGACCAGCAUUGUUACCGUGACGCCCUUGGCUUGAUUGUUUGAUGAAAAGCAACACCCCGUGUUGAUGAUGGGGUUUAUUUUGUAAUUUCACUGAGAUGAAAGAAAGUGAAUUAUAACUGCAUUUUUUUUGCCUCUUUUUUCCCACCCAUACGGGAACUGGAUACAUACAAAGAGAGGAUAACAUAAAGGAAAUUAUUGUG